AUGUCCCAGGGAAGAAAGGCUGCUGAAAGACUAGCUGGAAAAACGAUCUUUAUUACCGGUGCAUCAGCCGGUAUUGGUCAAGCUACAGCGUUGGAAUAUUUGGAUGCUUCAAAUGGUAAUGUUAAAUUAAUUCUGGCAGCUAGAAGAUUGAACAAGUUGGAGGCAAUCAAGGAACAGAUUGAGAAGGAUUAUCCGGCAGCAAAAGUAUAUGUGGGUGCUUUGGAUGUUACCGCAACUGACAAGAUCAAACCAUUUUUGCACAGCUUGCCAGAGGAAUUCAAGGACAUCGAUAUUCUGAUUAAUAAUGCUGGUAAGGCAUUGGGAAGCGAUCUUGUGGGUACUAUUUCAGCAGAGGAUAUUCAGGGUAUGAUCGAUACUAAUGUGACCGCUUUAAUAAACGUUACACAGGCAGUGCUUCCGAUUUUCAAGGCCAAGAAUUCUGGUGAUAUUGUAAAUUUAGGAUCUGUCGCUGGUAGAAACCCGUACCCAACCGGUGCAAUUUACUGCGCAACAAAGCAUGCAGUCAGAGCCUUCACACAAAGUUUAAGACAAGAAUUAAUCAAUACAAAUAUCAGAGUAAUUGAAAUUGCCCCUGGUAAUGUCGAAACUGAAUUUUCGUUAGUUAGAUACAAAGGUGAUCCUGAUAAGGCCAAGAAAGUCUAUGAAGGUACCACUCCGUUAUAUGCGGAUGACAUCGCGGAUUUGAUCGUGUAUACUACCUCCAGGAAACCAAAUACGGUUAUUGCGGAUGCCCUAGUAUUCGCAACUAACCAAGCAUCAGCGUAUCACAUCCAUCGUGGUUAG